AUGUCGUUCAAAGCGAAGAAGGAGGAGGACGCGAAUGGCUGGACCAUAGAGAUUCCGAAGACCGCGAUCAAGGUACGGGGUGAGCGGAGGCUCCAGAUCUAUGGCAGCUACGGAGCCUGGGACUUCGAGACUCUGGGAAGGAUGGGCCCGAUCGAGAAGGACUGCAAGAUACAGUUCAACGGAGCCCGGUACUACCUCUUGGUGCCUUACACACGAAAGACCACUUAUGCCGCGGGCUCACUUGCGAGCGAGAUCAGAGAAUCGGUCGCCUCUCUGGACCCCGGAGUUCGGACCUUCCAGGCCGUUUACACACCCAAUGCGGUUUACGAGCUGGGCAACGGGUCCGCCACCCGUCUCCACUCGUUGGCACUGCAGCUGGACAAGUUGCUCUCCUUCCGAGCCCGCAUCCCGAAGGAGUACAGGAGGGCCAAGAGGGCCUUUGCACUCCGAAUAUUGAAAACACGACGAAAGUUGCAGAACCUGCGGGACGAGAUGCACUACAAGGGCGUGGAGUUCCUCACGAGGACGGCCAAGGUCAUUCUUAUACCGGAGUUCAAGACGAGGGAGAUGAGCCGUCGCUUUCAACGCAAGAUAGGCAGCAAGACAGUGAGGGGGCUGAGCCUUCUCUCCCAUUACAAGUUUAGACAGCGACUGAUAGCCAAAGCCGCUGAGCGAGGAGUGAAGGUGAUGGUGGUCUCGGAGCACUACACGAGCAUGACAUGCGGGCGGUGCGGGGCCAUGAGGAGGGAUCUGGGCACCGCAAAGAUCUACAAGUGCCGGGCAUGUGACUUGGUGAUAGGCAGGGACCACAACGGAGCGCGCAACAUCCUCCUCCGCGCCCUGCGAGAUAUUGUUCCCUGGGGAGCACUGCAAGAUGGAGCCAUGUAUCUGGUUCCGCAUCAGGGGCUGAUAGAGCUCUUGACGCGACACCUGAGAGAUCAAGCAUCGACAUUCAUUGGCGCAGUAAUGAAUGGGGACAAGGUGCUGAAAGUGUUGGAGCAUGGGAGAUACCACAACGGACUCAAAUGUUGA